GUUCAAACACAACGGAUUUAUAAAAUUGACUUUACUGUCAGAAAAUCAAUUGAAACAUCUGCGUCUGAUGAUUUCAUUUUCUUCACGAAAUUUUGUAUCUUAUUAUAAACAAAAUGUGGAGCGCUAUCCUCACCAUCAUUGCGAUAUUUUUAUUUUCGUUGGCUUUCUACAAGUGGGCAACGAUUAACAAUGACUAUUUCGAGAAAAGGAACAUGAAAUUUACAAAACCAACGUUUCUGCUUGGUUUUACCGCUGAUUUUUUCUUUGGUCGCGGAACGUUGGCUGAAUUUGCAAAUAAAAUUUAUCGAGAAUUCCCUAACGAAGCUGCCAAUGGUGUUUUCAGUUUUCGUGCACCACAAUACUUGCUACGAGAUCCGGAGGUAAUCAAGCAAAUUGCCAUUAAAGAUUUCGAUCACUUUGGAGAUCGAUAUAAGUUUAUCGAUCCAAAAGUAGAUAAAUUAUGGGGAAACAGUUUAUUCCUGAUGGAACAUGAUAGAUGGCAUCUGAUGCGAGCCACUCUAAGUCCUGCAUUUACAGGAAGUAAAAUGCGACAAAUGUUCAAUUUGGUCGUCGAAGUAGCAGAAAGUGUCAUUCAGCAUCUACUAAAAAAAGUUGAGAAUGGAGAAAAGAUCGAUGUUGAAAUGAAAGAUUUCUUCACACGUUACACGAACGAUGUGAUUGCCACUUGUGCAUUCGGGUUAAAAGUGAAUUCCGUUGCCGAACCAGAAAACGAGUUCUAUCGCAACGGGAAAGAAUUGAUGAAUUUCUUUGGUGGAGUGAACGUGUUAAAAAGUAUGAUAAUUCUAUCGAUGCCAGCGGUUGCUCGAUUUUUUAAUCUCCGAUUUACUGGAAAAGUUGGAGAGACCUUUGGCGGAAUGAUUCUAGAUACAAUGAAAGAGCGGAAGAAGAAGAAUAUCUUUCGACCGGACAUGAUAAAUAUUAUGAUGCAGGUUCGUGAAGGAACGCUAAAACAGGAAACAGACGAAAAGGAAAAGGAAGUUGAUGGAUUUUCUGCCGUGGAAGAGUCAGAAAUAGGCAAAGUGACUGUAACUCGUACUUGGAGUGAUGACGAACUUGUAGCUCAGUGUUUCAUUUUCUUUUUAGCCGGUUUCGAAACAUCAUCAGGAAUGUUGACAUUUGCAUCUUACGAGCUUGCUGCAAAUCAAGAUAUUCAGCAGAAACUCUAUGAAGAAAUUGCAGCCAUGAAUGAACAGCUCAACGGAAAGUCAAUCCAUUAUGAUGCGCUACAGAAGCUCAAGUAUCUGGAUCAAGUGUUUUCAGAAACAAUGAGGAAAUGGCCACCCCUAUUCCAGAUUGACCGUCAAUGUACUAAAGAAUACAUUUUCGACAAUGGAAGUUUGAAAUUUGAAGUAGAGAAAGGACAGUCCGUAUUGAUACCAAUUUAUGGUAUUCAGCACGAUCCGAAAUAUUUUCCGGAGCCGGAGAAAUUCGAUCCGGAUAGGUUCAGCGAUGAAAACAAAAGUAGUAUUCACCAAGCCACUUACAUGCCAUUCGGAAUAGGUCCACGCAACUGCAUUGGUUCUCGAUUUGCACUCAUGGAACUGAAGGCAAUUCUAUACUACAUUCUUCUGAACUUUUCAAUUGAACCGAAUGAAAAAUCCGAAAUUCCAUUAAAACCACCGAAACUGUCAAUGAUAGCGUCAUUGUUGCCGAGAACCGGAGUUCAUUUUGAGCUGAGACCAAGGAAAAAAUGAGGAUUGUCCUUCUACUUAAAUUAGACAGAGAAAGCAUUGAAAAAAUCGCUUUCAAAAUAUAGAUUUUCUUCAUAAACGAAUAAACUAACAUAAAAAUAAAUUCAAAAUCUUACACAGCACACAG